CUUUGACGUAACCACGCGCCACACAGGCGGAAAGGCGGGAGACCGUCGCUUCCGCGUAUGUCAAGAAGUCAAGAUGGACGAAAAGUUGAUAUUGUCUGUUUUUAAUUUUCCUGAGCUGUAUAAUACAACUUUGCCAGAUUACCGCAAUGGUGACACAAGAUCACUUGCUUGGGGGAAAAUAAGCUUAUUGACAGCUCUUCCAGCUGAAGAGUGCAAAAGGAAAUGGAAGAAUCUGAGAGACCGAUACUUCAAGGAAGUAAGACAGGAGAAGAGGAGUAAGGAGGAGACAGGGGAGCUCGCUCCAAGCCGAUGGAAAUACAGACAGCGUCUGAGCUUUCUUCAACCAUUCAUUAAACCAAGAAACAGCAAUGUGGCCCCUGCCAACCUGGAAAGCCCUGAUACAAUCAAUAAAAGCGCACAGAAUGAAAUAAUACCUGUCAAAACACUCAACACAGCCCUGGUGAACGACAUGAAAACCCCUAGCACCCAGGUUGGCACCAUGUCACAGCUAGCUUUUGUGACCCAGCUGUCCCCAGGGCAACAAGGCGCCCAACUGUCUUUUCUGGGCAAGUGUCCACCAGGCACCCAGACGUCCCCAGCACCCCAGACAUCCGCAGUGCUCCAGUCAUCAAUUUACACAACCAAGGAGAGGCCUCAGACAAGACAACCUGCUUCACCAUGUUCCUCAAGCACUCCCUCUAAGCGCUUCGCUAAGAACAGGAUGCUGCUGGCCAAAGAGAAAGAUCACAGAUCAGAUUCCACGAUCCCUAUCUGGCAGUGUGACGAGGAUGAGAUGUUACUCCUCAGCUUCGUUCCUGCUUUGAAGAGGCUAACCCCACAAAAAAGAUGUGAGACCAAAAUUAAGAUCCAACAGAUUAUGUAUGAGGCCGAGUUUAGUAUGGAUCAGCCAGUGACUGUCAAUGAACCACCGGUGACGUUGUCCAAAGAACUGCCAGAUCAAGAGACGUCAUAACUCAUUCAUAUUGUAGGGUCGACGGGUUGUUCUCAGGUUUAUAUGUUUUUUUAUUUUGACCGAAACAAUCUUUUUCUAAAAUAUAUAUUUUUAAAUCUCUCUCCUAAUGCACAUGAAUAGGCAAGUUAUUCAUGUUCUGUUUUUGGAAUAUCACAUUUUUGGUGGCAUCAUAGAGAGGUGCAAAAAAUAACUUUUUACAUUUUUAUAGAUGAUCUUCUAAUUUUGCUGUUGUGAAUGCAAGUUCUUAACCCAAUUGAAAAUAAAAUGGGCUGUUAUUCUGUUUCUAAUUUUGAAUGUUUGUCUGGAAUUGAGUGAAUUGACGAGAAACACAUUGACAACCCAUAUAAAAGGUGAAAUUAAUGUUUAGGUAAAGAUCUCUCAGUAGGAUAUAGUACAAACUCUUUAUUACAGAUGCUAAUGCUAUUCUAACCAUCCAUUGUUAUAAUAAUCCACUCUAUAUAUUUUACUAUAUUUAUUUUAGAAUAAAUGAGUAAAAGUUGUAAACAAGACAAAAAAAUUAAAUAGAAAUGAGAGGGAUUACUCAAAUAACUGCAUCAGUUACUCAUGCAUAUUAUCAUGACCGUCAUCUUGUUAGUUGUGUCAGGUUGAAGAAAACUAUAUCCAUUUUUAUACCAUUUGCAUAUUUUUUCCCAAGCUCUUUACUAUGUAUGCUAUAGAAGCGUUUGCAUUAGAAUUCUACAUUUUUCAGACUAAAUAAUAGUCUUACAAGUGGCAGACAAUGACAGUAUCAUUCAAUAAAAAAAUAACUCCUUUAAAAUGGUCUCAACUUUCAUCCUUCAAAUAUUGUAACCUUAAUUUAUUCACUUAUUUUCUGAAACAUAAGAAAUAGUCUUACCAAAUCGUAUGUAUGUAUGUAUGUAUGUAUGUAUGUAUAUAUAUAUAUAUAUAUAUAUAUAUAGUAUGUCAUUAAAUAACUUAAAACCAU